GCUAGCGCGCCAAGCCAGAUCCCUGUCAUCGCGGCUUCCCGAGCUCGAACCUCACUUCACGUCUCCGCAUUGACGACACCUUCGAAUACCCAUUGAGCCACGAAUAAUCGCCCAACAUGCCGCAGGAUAUGCCGCCAACGGGCGGCUACAGCCCCGUACAAUACAAGCGCAACUUGCCCGUGCGAGGCUUCCGCCCUGCCGCAUACCUUUUCGGGACUGCGGCACUCAUGACCUACGGAUUCUGGAGGGUUGGACAGGGUAUCAGAGAGCACAACGAACUCGCGCGCGAGAAGAUGUGGGCGCGGAUACACCUUAUCCCCGCGCUGCAAGCCGAAGAAGACCGCGAUCAAGUACGAAGGCACCUCGCAGAUAAGGCGAGAGAAAAGGAAUUGCUUGGGACAGAGACCAGGGUCUACAACAGUGACAGAUUUGUUCGCCCUACCUUCGCAAUCACGCCCGAACACGAGACGAAAUAGAGUUGCAUACCGCGUUGGACUUGUACAUAUGAAUCUACAAAUCGUUGGCAGGCUAAGGAAACGCUGUCUUCAAAUGAUACCUUUCGCUGUGUUUGAAACCGUGCCGCGGUGCAGAUUCCCAGGCUUCAAACGGCGAGAUACCUUUCUGAGAGGACCGUGGCGCGCACACAUACCCAACUAGGGUGUUUCUAAAAGUUUUGAAGAGGGGACACCCUGUUAUAGGCUUCCAAAAGCGUGGUUCACAUACGUUGUGAUUUCUUGGGUUCCAUCGGACCCGUAAAAGUGACACCUCGCCCAUUGUGUCGUGCACUCUCCCGCACGUCGAAACGCGCCACCUGGAC